GAAAAUUAUAUUAAUUAUAGGCCAAGCUCUGUUCGUAAGGAUGACAAUGGGGUCAAACGGAUGGAUUUGAUUGCCUGUGCAGCUGAUUCUAUUGCAGAUGGGGAUAUAAUCAAUGUACAAAUUCAAAGGCAUCGACAGUAGCAACUCUCUCAAGAGUAGUUCUAUUGCUUCUUGUGUAAUACCAGAAACGCUGGAGCAGGGAGAGUGUAAUUUAAUAGAUUUGGUGCAUGGCUGGGAAAAAAAUUCAACAUUUGGAAAACAUAUGAGGCUUUUGGAGGACUUUCAUGUUCACAUUCUUGCUUCUCGCGAGUCCUGUUCAUGGAGGGAACACCUACAAGCUGAGAACCUUACUCUUUUUCUAAAGAGGUUGACUGAGCCACUGCGCAAGCUGCCUGAGAAUGAAGCAGUUAAAAUGGUUGUUGAGUUUAUGAGUCUAUAUUCAAUCAAUCAGGAGGAUUUUGAUACUGUUCUUGAGUUGUCAAAAUUUCAGGGUCGUAAGAAUUUAUUGGAUGGCGUUCCCCUUCUGUGAAAUCUGCUCUAACAAAGGCAUACAAAGAAGUAAGCAAGACACGUAUGGGGAUACAGUUCCUGCAAUGAAAAAAAGCCCCAAAGAAGCGAAUUGCAGCGAUUCUAGAACUCUUUGGACAACAAGGGUGCAGGUAAGAUUUGAUCCGUCUUUUCGAGGUCAGCGGUUAGUGAAUGAGUUGCGCUUGUUGGGCAAGUCCUGCUUCUCUAGUUGCCAAUUAUUCCUUGUCGCAAUUAUAGAAGACUCCACAAACGGUGAGAAGUUGCGACUGGACCUUCAAAGCUUGAAUAAGAAACUGCAAUUGGAAUAUGAAGUCCUUGCUAUUGGUUUUAUAUUUUCUAUUUUGUUUGGAAUGCAAGUGCAGUUGGAAUUGAAAUGCGUGGAAAAUUCAAGCGCCAAGAAAUUCGGUGGCAGAGGAAGAGGAGUUAGUUCCCAGGAUUCAAAGAAGAAAGGUGGGCGAGGUUCGGGAUCUGCCACAGAGAGGAGAAAAUGAAAUAAAACGCUUCUAGAACUUCUGGUAAUGUUUGUUAGACGAAACUCUCCACAAUGGUAUGAUAUUGUCCACUUUGAGCAUAAGCUCUCAUGGCUUUGCUUUGGGCUUCCCCAAAAGGCCUCACACCAUUGGUGUUAGUAUUCCUCACUUAUAAACUAUGAUCAUUCCAAAUUAGCCCCUCACACCAAUGGAGUUAGUAUUCCUCACUUAUAAACUCAUGAUCAUUCCCUAAA